AUGCAGAACCCAUUCGAAGAUCAUAAGACUGAGAUUAGGUAUUUGUUCCUAUCGGAACAUCUAACCAUGUCGGCAAUUCAGGAAAUAAUGAGGAAGAAGUAUGGCUUCAGCGCAUCCAUAUCGACAUACAAGACAAAACUCGCGGAAUGGAACAUGUUCAUCCCACUCUCGAGCCGCGCGAAAAUCAUAAAGCAUCAAUACAUUUUGGGCAGCAGAAAGAGACCUGAGCGUCUAUAUGACAUCAUCCCGAGGGUCACUCCACGCUCUGUUCCCUUGACACCUCCACUGAGCCCUCCAGCUUUGAAGCACCAGAUCAGAAAUACUCGCAUCAAGCAAGAACGUGCCGCUCCUUGCUCUAUAUCUUUGAUAGUCCACUCGGCCGAUAAGAAGUCGGCGGAAUCAUUUUAUCAAGACGAAUAUAUCAUCAUUCUGGCGGAACUCCGUGGGAGACUUCGAGCCGCACUGGGUCGGGAAUCGGGCUGA